AUGUCUGGAAGUGCAUAUGACAGACACAUUACCAUCUUCUCGGACCAGGGUCGUCUGUACCAAGUUGAAUAUGCCUUCAAGGCCAUUACCUCCGCAAACAUCACCUCGCUAGGUGUGAGGGGAAAGAACUGCGCCGUAGUUCUGUCCCAGAAGAAAGUUGCCGAUAAAUUGAUCGACCCGUCCUCCGUUUCGCAUAUCUUCAGACUCUCCCCGUCGGUCGGCUGUGUCAUGACCGGCUCCAUCGCUGAUGCGAGAGCAAGCGUUGACCGUGCUCGUGGUGAGGCGGCCGAGUUCCGAUACAAGUACGGCUACGAGAUGCCGUGUGAUGUUCUGGCCAAGCGACUUGCCAACAUCAACCAGGUCUACACGCAAAGGGCUUACAUGCGUCCGCUCGGUGUGGCCAUCACCCUCAUCUCCGUGGACGACGAGAAGGGCCCUCAACUCUACAAGUGCGACCCCGCCGGAUACUAUGUCGGAUACAAGGCGACUGCGUCCGGACCGAAGCAGCAAGAGGCGCUCAACCACCUGGAGAAGAAACUGAAGAACAAGGAUUACGCCGAGGGCAGCUGGGAGGAGGUUGUCGAGCUAGGUAUCACGGCCUUGAGCAACGUGCUGAGUGUUGAUUUCAAGAAGCACGAGUUGGAGAUUGGGAUCGUCGGAGGCCCGCGAACUGAUGGCAAGGAAGGGACAGACACUGGAUUCCGGGCUUUGACGGAGGAGGAGAUCGACGAACGGCUGCAGGCCAUCAGCGAAAAGGACUGA